AUGUUCAUACUCUCCUAUCCUGUUCAUGACCUGACCGAAGGCCCAGGCUUCUUUGCCAUUUCUUUUGUGUUGGGUGUGCUUUUGCAUCUGGGGUAUUUCAUCCAUGGCGAGCACCAUAUGCUGGCCUUACGCUACUUCCAAGCCCUCCUGGCCUUGCCAGCAGUUGCCACGUUGGCUCUUGUGCGUCAUGGCAUGCAGCCAGUCGCUGCGCUCGGUCUGACUGCUGCACUGACCAUCACCUUGCUCCUAGGGCUUUUCACGAGCAUGGCUGUCUAUCGCGGCUUCUUUCACCGCUUAAGGUCCUUCCCGGGCCCGUCACUCGCAAAAUACUCAAAGUUGUGGCAUUUUGGCCUCGUGACGCGAUCUGUUCGCAAUUUUGAGGAGAUGGACAAGCUCCACAGAGAGUACGGGCCAUUCGUUCGCAUCGGUCCCAAUGAACUGUCCAUUGUCCAUCCUGAUGCCAUGAAGGUGGUCCACGGGUCCGCUUCCAAAUCACUCGGUCACGGUAUUUCCAUGAUCUUCGCCGUCGAAGCUGGGCUAAAGGUUUCACUGCUCAAGGUCGGCUCCAUUUUGGCACUCCCGAGUGUUGAAGACCGUGAAACAACUGACAGCAGCUGCACAGCGUUGCGAGACUACGAACCUAGGGUGAAACUAUUCACUCAAUCCCUAACCCAACAAAUCGCCGCUCGCACGGGCCAGCCGUUGAAUGCCUCGCAGUGGUUCAACUACUAUAGCUUUGACGUCAUGGGCGAUCUUGCAUACGGCAAGUCUUUUGACAUGCUCGAGACAGGUGGGAGCCAUUGGGCGAUUGACCUGCUGAACGAAGGAAUUUACUAUAUGGGGACCCUUGGCCAUGUCACCUGGGCAGUCAUCCUCUUCACCUACGUGCCCAUACUUAAUCGCAAAUUUCGCCAGUUUCUAGCAUUCUGUGAGAAAAUGAUCGACGACCGAGUGGCAACGGGAUCCGAAUCUCAGGACAUCUCGUCCUGGAUCAUCAACUCUCCUUCCAUGGCCAGCAGUGGUUUUACAGACAAAGCAUGGUUGCUGGGUGAUUCCCGCCUGAUCAUCGUAGCAGGCAGUGACACGACGGCCGCAACCUUGACACAUCUUUUCUACCAUCUCGCCAAGGAGCCGGCUCACAUUGACGCGCUGAGAGAGGAGCUCGACCUUCUAAAAGGGGAAUUCAAUUUUACGUCUCUCCAGAAAUUGCCCUUUCUCAAUGCUUUAAUCAACGAGACCUUGAGAUUGCACCCUCCCGUAGCGUCAGGAACGCAGCGAAUAACCUCGCCGGAGGGUAUACAGCUUGGCGACACCUAUAUCCCGGGAGGUGUCAACAUUAUCAUCCCCUUCUACACCAUGUUCAGAGCCGAAAGCUGCUUUGAGCGACCGACAGAGUUCUUGCCGGACAGAUGGGUCCAUGAUUCCAAGUAUUCGGACCAUUCUGCGGCGUUCGCCCCAUUCUCAAGCGGUCCCUAUUCCUGUAUUGGUAAACAGCUGGCUCUGAUGGAGCUUCAGUCGGUAUGUGCUCGCCUGGUCACAGAAUUUGACGUGACAUUUGCCCCUGGAGAAGAUGGCACAAACCUCUUGACCAACACGAAGGAUUGUUUCACCAUGCAACUGGCCCCAUUGAAUCUCUGCUUCACACCGCGGAGAUCCAAGGCGUCGUGA